CUCCUUGUCACUCCCUCUUGGCCUCAAAGACCUUAGAGCACCACAAGUCAGAGUUGUAGUCAGUGUGAACAGACUGUCUAUGAACAAUCAUGUCCUCAGUUCUCAUAAGUCUCACCUGUCUUCUUUAUCUGGCAUCAGAAGCUUCAGAGCUGAAGCAGAAGGCCGUCCUGAUAAAAACUCCCAACAAAAUGGUUCUCAUUGAUUGUGAAUCUCAAAACGUUCCUUCGAGCUACGUGCAGUGGUACAGUCAGAGAGACGGAGAACGUUUAAAAAGGGUCGCGAUUAUUGCAACCAAAGAUCUGAGAACACCGGAAAUGCAAAAAAAGAAUACAAAUUGGUACACUGAGCUUGGAUUUGACCAGGUCUCAGUAGAAAAAACAGGAAAUAACUACCCUCUAAAGAUUGUUAAUUUAGAGAUAACCGACUCUGCUACCUACUACUGUGCCUACUCGGAUUAUCACAGUGCAGACCACAUUGCACAUCCUGUGACAAUAACUCAAAAACUUUACAGGCACUUUGCUACUGCUGCCAACUGUUUUGGAAAUGCAGUAGGGAUGAACCGUUCAAGCAGCAGAAUGAUUUGAUUAUCAGUGGGGGAAGUCCUAUGGUUAGCUUUACAGGAACUGUAACCAUGGUGGAAAGGGGACUUGCAAGUGUGAAGGCAGAAUACUUUGUAUUUAUUCAGAUUUGCAACAAUAGCUAAAUUCAUUGACAUUUUGCAUGUUGCACGGUUUGGUGAAAACCAACCAAUUGAAAUGGAAUUCUGUGGAAAUACAAUUCAAUGUUUGUGUCACAAAUGUCUAGCUUGUUGGUACCGUAACUGUCUAAAGCAGUAUUUCUGAAAGGUUGUUGUUGUGUGUGUGAAUGAGAGGACCCUAGGUCAAUCCCUGGAAGGGGAAUAUGAGGACGGAAGCAGUAUUAACAAGAGGACACGUCACACAUUCCGCCACUUUGUUACUGGGGAGAAAUGAUGGUAUUUAAAUGAUUGCAGAGGUCUUUCUUACCACACCAUGUGCUAUCAGACUGUUCAGUGCAUCCUCUGUCUGUCUGGAAAGGAUGGACCUGGCCAGUUAGGCACAGCUUGAUUGGUCCCCACCCAACCCUCUUUCUUCAUCCACCCCUUCAUCCUUGGACCCUGUUUGGCCACUUCAUCAGGUACCACCAAGCUUGCCUUGCAGACUUUUUGACAUCAUGUAUGUCACUGUGGAGAAGGAGGUGAUGGUAUUUGGCUCAGGUACAAGACUCAUUGUGACAGAUGAUAAAGUCAAAACACCGAAAGUGACCGUCUACCCAGCAUUUACACAUCAACACAAUGGAAGGACCACCCUGCUGUGUCGGGCCAGUGACAUGUUCCCAGACUUGGUGAGGUUUUCAUGGAAGAUGGAAAGAGAAGACGGCCGGUUUGUGGAGGUGCCUGAAGCAGAGAGAGAAGAGCUGGAGCAGAGGGAGGACGGGAGAGUGACUAGUGUGAUCAUCAUCAAGAACCAAGAGGCUAACACAAAAAAGUACAGCUGUACUGUAAAUCAUGAAGUGGCCAAUGUUGAAGACAUUCCAAAAAGACACAAACAAGAGGAAUCUUUGUUUACCACGGCUGCCUCUCCACCACCCUGUCCACCUCAGAAUCAUACACACGUCUCUCCUGCCGUCCACGUCCCUGAAGAAGUGUUGCAGUCCAUGUGCAGUGUGAACCUGGCCUCUCUGGUUUACACUGUGAUGAUAGUGAAGAGCUUGGUGUACUGCUGUGGGCUCUCCCUCCUGCUGCUCCUCAGGGACAACAAGGGAAGUCCACCACACACCUGGAGAAAAGCUCAUUAAAACCUACAACCACUGCUCAGUAAUAUUGCAUUCCAACUAAUGCAGAUUACGGCAGGAUCUCGAGAUAUCUAGUUUAUUUUGUUACAAAUACAAUUUAUAAAAGAAAUGUUUAUGGGCUAUUUUAUGUAGUGCAAUUUUGCAUUUUUAUGCAUGUAUAUUUGUCAUUUAUAUUUUAAUACCAAAACAAAUACUAUUUGAAUUGAAUUAAUGAAUUAAUGACUAUAAACAUAUUCAUUAACAGAUGAAAAUUCUGCAAAUCUUUAAGGUUCUAUAUCAUGAUCUGUCCACCACACACCUGGACACAUGAUCAGUCCACCACACACCUGGACACAUGAUCAGUCCACCUCACACCUGGACACAUGAUCAGUCCACCUCACACCUGGAGACAUGAUCAGUCCACCCCACACCUGGAGACAUGAUCACUGAUCCCUACUGUCAUUAACGUGACAAUACAUUUAGAGCCCUAAUCUACAUGUAAUCAUUUAUUAGACGCUUUUAUCCAAAGUGACUUCAAAGAGACUUCCUAAUCCUGUCUGUCAAAAAUAUUUUAUGUUUUUUUUUCUCUAGACAUGUGUAA